AUGUAAGAUAGAUUGGUAGCAGAGUGAUGCUAGAGGCAGGACAUCAAUGAGAAAAGUACUGCACUGACACCGUGCAGGGGAUGGUAAUGAGAACUUUGAUUAGGUGGGGGCAGUGGUUAAGAGGAUGCCAGAAUUACUGUAGGGGUACAAUCGACAGGACUUGGCAAGUGAUUGGAGCAUGGGAAGGAAAGAAAGGGCAUCAAAUCUGACAUCAAAGUUUCCAAGUCCAUUGUAUUAACAAAAACGGGUGCAUAGCCUGGGAAGUAGUUUGGGAGGGAAGAGGCCAAGCUUUGUCGGGAUAUUAAGUGUUUAUACAUUUGCGGAACAUCCCAGAACACAUGGGCAAGGCUCUUGGAAGUAGCUGGAUACUGACGACUGAAGCUGGAGCAGAGAGUAGUAUGUUUCUGCAAAACCACAUACAAAACGGACUACGGAAAUCUUACUACCAAGUCUUUCCCAGGCAGGAGAGAAAGGUGUAGCAUCCCUGAAGUCAUCAGUCGUGUCUACUCUUCACGGCCUGCUCUCACCUCAGUUCCCCACGAAGACGCCGGGAGCAGGCGGCCGGAAGGAGCCUUUCCCUCCCUUCUCCGGUGAUUCCCAGAACUUCCGUCUCUACCCGUCCACGGCUCCCAGUCAAAGGAGCUUAAUAGACGGCGACGUUUUCGACUGGCCACCCACCAGGCAGGCUGAAAGCGCAUGGAGGGCAUCAUCCACCUUCAGACAGCUACUUGCCCACACCUCAUCGAGCUCUGGGCGUUGCGCCAGCAUUUGAAGAAGCGAUCUGUUGCAAAGCGAGCCACACGACGAGCCUUGGUUAUCGCGAGACUUGACAGGCACCCUCAACAUUAGCCCGCCGGAAGCGGAAGUCAGGUGAUUGUUGGAUUCUAGAGGAAGGGGCUCCGUUACAUUGGAGAGGUGGAGUGGUCUGGAGUUCCACGGUGUGGUGAGCCAGAGGUCACCUCUCCUGCGGCUUCUCAGUGUCUCGCCGGCGAGGUUCGGCCCGAGUUGGAUAGACAUAGCCCUUGGCCGAAUUUCAGAAUGACUGACACUGCCGAAGCUGUUCCAAAUUUUGAAGAGAUGUUUGCUAGUAGAUUCACAGAAAAUGACAAGGAGUAUCAGGAAUACCUGAAACGCCCUCCUGAGUCUCCUCCAAUUGUGGAGGAAUGGAAUAGCAGAGCUGGUGGGAACCAAAGAAACAGAGGCAAUCGGUUGCAAGACAACAGACAGUUCAGAGGCAGGGACAACAGAUGGGGGUGGCCAAGUGACAAUCGAUCCAAUCAGUGGCAUGGACGAUCCUGGGGUAACAAUUACCCACAACACAGACCAGAACCUUACUAUCCCCAGCAAUAUGGACAUUAUGGUUACAACCAGCGGCCUCCUUACGGUUACUACUGAUAGAAAUGUUGGCAGCUUUUAGUAAAAGCAUUUACUCUGUUACCAUGACAAAAGUUUGGGUGUCUUCUGUUGGUCAUAGUUUUAUAUCUGAUUUUAGAGAAUGGAUUAUUGAUUUUAUGGAAGUUGAGACUUUAAAAAAAAAUAGAUCUUACUUGCGAGAUGCGAUGGUUGCUGGGAAUACCUGAAAUUGUGGAUUAUAUUGCUUGACUUCUACCUCAGAAUCUUCUUUAUUUCAUGACUUAAUACUGCUAUGAGUUUGGUAUAUUAUUUGACCUCUAGGAGUUCUUUGUUUUACACAGAAAUAAGAAUUUUUAAAUAGAAAAUGCUUACUUUUACUUUGUAAGGUAAGAGAGUUAUCCAUAUGCUUAGAUGUGUUCGUUUCUAAAAUUCUAGAGGUUGAUAUAAUCAGCUCAUGAAUGCACAGCUAUGCUUCUUGUGAUAGAUUGUACAUAACAUCAGCAGUUGAAAGGUAAAACAAUCGCUUUUUUUUUUGCUUUUGCUUUUGUAAAGUACUAUGGUACUUUGUGAUUCCUUACUCUAUAGAUGAGUCAGCGUCACAUUUAUUUGGGUUUCUUUUUAGAGGAAAAUCAGUAAUAAAGCUGUAAAAUAAGGAAUCGUUGUCAGUUUGUGUCUUGAUCUCAUGGUGGUUGGGAUCAGGGUACACAUUUUAUGCAAACACUAAGGCUUUUCGCUAACAACAUAGCAGGUCAAAAUUCACACAUACAAAAGUUUAACUCUGUACUCUUCACACUUUUCUUUUUAAUCCUGUAAGUAAUGCUGCAUUUUGAUUGUUCUUUCUUUUUUGGUAUUUAAUGUGGGCUGAUUUUACAACGUUAUAUUCACUUGCAGAUACAUACCUCUGCUGCUUUCUCUUCUAUAAAUAGUGAUGCUAUAAACUUCCUUUCACAGAGAUCAUUCUAUUUCAAAUCAUUUGAAUGAUUAUUACAAUGAUUUCAUUCAAAUAAAAAUUUUAAAA